AUGAGUAUGGACGCUGGCAGUCUAGCUCAGAUGACUUACAACAACAUGGCUUUCAAUGGUGGUUCUCUUGGAGUUCCGGGUUCUGGUUUCGCAUCUCGUGGAAAAGGUUCUCAUAUCAAACGUCUAAGUGUUCCGCACCCAUCAAAGAUCGGAACCAUUAACGAGUCUACACCGUCCCCCACCGUUUCAACUCCACGCACGAGCCGCGGCCAUCUCCUCGCGGGGUUAAGAACUGCUCCAAAGCACUCCCCAUCACCGGCCACUGCUCCUCUGUCCCGCCCAAUGUCCCGUUUACCCCUUGACUACACAAGAUAUGGUGCUCAACAACACGCUUCCUAUUCCCAAAGGGCACCCAUGACCUCAACAGGAGUGUCAUUUCCGUACGUCAAUAAUCACAAUAAUAUGUAUGGGGUGCAACAGCCUACAAGGCAUCAAAUGUAUUCUUUGCCGGAACAUGUUCUUUCUCCCCCGACAAUUGAGCUCCCAGUCGACGAAAAUGGACAGCCGAUCGACGAAAAGCUUUAUGCGGAACUCGUUUCGACAAAUCUAUUUCUUGCUGCCCAGCAGCAACGUCUUCAGGAACAGCUGGCUUCUGUCACAGCUGCCGCACAGCAGUUCCAAGGCUUGAACCUUGGAGGCCUUCCAAAUGAAGCUCAGCAGCAGAGGAUGUCACCAAGCAUCCAGGGGAUGAGCUAUUACCUGCAACAGGCCCAACAGGGCAUGCAGCCCGUUGUGCAGCCUGUGCCUGGGCAUCCUGGUCUGUUCUCGGUCUACAACCCCAUGACCGGACAACAUAACUUGGUCAUGGACAACAGCAUGCAGCAGGAGGAACUUGUUUCCACCUCUUAUCAAGAAUCGUUCCCGUCUCCCGUAGCUGAAACUCCAACCUUUUGCGCCGAAGUAUCACCUCCUCCAGAAUCUAGACAAUCUCCAAUCUGCUACCUCCCCUCUCCAUCCCCUCCUCGGACUGUCCCCUCCCCUCCCCCGGAAAUUGCGCCUCUACCCCCACCGUCCGCCAAUGUACCAUCACUCGUCACUCCUAUUAAAACUAGCGGCGACUUCAACAAAGCCUCCCCAAAAAACGCACCGCUACCCACUCCACUCACUGGUACCUUCGGCCCCGGCCAGGCUCGUGCCGGUGAACACCCAAUCCGGCAACCCCGUGGACCUCCUUCUCUUGAAGAGCUCAUUGGAAAGCCCACCUCCAAGCACGAAGGGAGUAAGAAUUUCGUGACGCGUCAACGACGUCGUGCUGUGCACAAUUUAGUGAGGGCUGGGUUGGAGAGGCGCGGAGAGUCUCGAAGUUCCUUGCAUACCGGUAGCGCGGGGAGCAUGACGCCCUCCAGUGAUGUGGAAUUUAAUUUCUCGGGCUCUGGCUCGGGUUCUGAUGGAGAUGAGUCUGGUGGCAGUGGGAUUCAUAGCUGUAGGGGAAGCUUGUCGAGCAAACCGAGUUUGGGGAGUAUCAGAGCUGCAGCAAAUGGUGCUAUUGGAUCUGAGAGGGAGUGGACAGUGUCAAGGACCAAUAGCGCAAGCACAAUUCCGAAGAACAUCAACACCAGCACCAGCGUCACUCGCACCCGUGUGUCGACGGAUAGCCUGAACACUACUGCGGCUGUGGGUAGGGAUGAGAGCCCCUUGGGUGGGAAGCUAAUGGAAAUUGGCUCAGAUGAUUCCGAUUUGCAUUGCAAUGCUCAUGCUCCUACUGCUAUCCCUCCGGCAACAAUGAAGCACCAGGCCCACCCGUUGACGGUGGCAGCUGUUGUGGCUGGCCAUACUGCUCCUACCGCUUUGAACCAGGGUGGUGAUACUGGUAGUGGACGACGCAAGAUGCCUAUGUUUGUUUUCUCGAGUGCGGAGAAGCGGAAGAAUCCGAUUAAUUGA